AUGGCCUCAAAUUUUCCACAAAUGGGUGGUGCGGGCCAAAUGAUGCCACAACAACAGCAGCAGCAGCAGCACCAGCAGCAGCAACAACAACAACAGCAACAACAACAGAUGCAGCAACAAAUGCAUAUACAACAGCGGCAACAGGGACUGACUACGCAGAUACAAAAUGCGAUAUUUCAGAGACUUCAACAACAAGGACAGACGCCAUCAGGCUGGCAGGCGCUGCUACCGCCUCAAGAACGUAUGGGAGGGAUUUUCAAUAUCAUUGGUGCUCUACGGAUUCUCGCCCAAAAUCAAAAUCAGCCUGGAGGGAUCCCAAAGUUACUCGAAAUUGCUGUCAAGUUCGAGCAAGAGUGUUUUGUUGCUCAACCCGAUAAAGCUUCCUACAAGAAUAGAAUGAAUGAGAAGCAACGUGAGUUACACCAAGCUCGAAUGCAAUCCCAGCAAAGCAUGCAACAACAAGUAAACUCGCAAGCGCAGGCCCAACAGCAGAUGAUGAUGAUGAAUCAAAAUGGUAUGCAAGGCCAAAUGCCGAGAAACAUCCCUCAGCAACCUCCUCAACAAGGCUUUCAGCACCUUCAGCAUCAGAUGCAAGCGUCGCCAUUACCACCUCAGCAAUCACAGGCCAUGCCGAACGGUCUACCAAAUGAUGCCAUUUCGCAAAACAUGCCUCAGAAUGCACACAUGCAAGCGAAUGGUAUGCCAAAUCAAAUCCAGCACGGACCUGGCAGACCUGUAAAUGGCCAGCCCCAAUUACAACCAACGGGGAACGAUGCGGUGGAAAUUCAUCAGGAAGCAAUGAAAAUGUUAAGCGAAGCUCAAGAACAUGAGAAGAUUAACAUAAGGGCGAACUUACGAGCAAAGAUGAGUCCAGCGCAAGUCCAACAGCAGGAGGCCAGUGGGUCGGACAUUGCCUUUCUAUUGUUUCGCCAGCAAGCUACGAUAAGAUGGCGUAACCGUCAACUUCAGAUGGCACAAGGACAGGGUGUUCCUCAAGGACAGCAGUCUACAAUUCCUCAGCAUCCACAAAAUGGCCCCGCAACGGCUCCUAUGAUGCAGCAGCAGAGGUCUAUGAAUCCGAGUCCUAUGAAUGGUCAAUCGCAACCACCCACAACGAUGGGUGGUGGCCCAGACUUCAAUUCCUUCUUGGGCAACAUGGAGAACUUGAUCGGUCAGCAGCAGCAAGCGGGAGUGUUGGCCCAGGAAGCAGGUCAAAUUGUUGUACCCGUCAGCGCGCCCAGGAAUAACACCCCUCAGCCCAAUGUUUCCAUGCCAGGUCAAGCAAUGAACAUGAACGAACAGCGCUCAGUUUCGAAUCCGAUGGCGAGAGCACAGGCGCAGCAGGCUCAGAUGUUCAACGCCCAACAGUCACAACGUAUCCAGCAGCAGCAGCAGCAAUCACAGCAAGCUCAAGCUCGCGCAAAUGCGGCCGCCAAGGCACAGCUGGGUUUGCAGGGUCAGCCUGGCGGAAUGGGCUCCGGCCCAAUGCCUUCACAGCAGAGCCCUGCCAUGAAUACGCUCAACACCCCUUUAAGGACACCACAGCAGAUGGGUCAUUCUGAGGCGGGUGGAAUGAAUCAUAACCCACAAUUUGGUCAGCCCCUAGAUCCACGUUUUCCCCCAGGUGGUCAGAGAAUGUUUGGUAACGCCAUCCAUGGAUUCAACCCCGCAAUGUUUCGGGACAUGGGUCCGGAACAACGACAACAUUUUGCAUCUUUGCCACCCGAAAAGAUGAAUGAGUUUGCCAAGACCUGGCAAGCUCAGCAGCAGCCAAAUCAAAUGCAGCAAGCUACACAAAUGCCAAUCCAAGGGAACAAUAAUCUACUCCGUCCAGGACAGCCUGGCCCACAGGCUGUGCAAUUUGCGCAACGACAACAUGCUAUAAAUCAAUUUUUGAUGAGCAACCCUGGACAACGCCCUCCUCCAUCGCUCUUGGCCAACUUGACACCGCAACAGCAAAUGAUCGUGCAACAACAAAUCACACAGAAUGCCAUGCAGUUGCGAGCUGGAAAUGUAUCUGUAGAUCAGAGACAGGUAUUGCAGCAAAUGGACAAUAUGGAUAUCCCUGCUCCGUUCCUUACUAAUCCUCAUAUGGUUCAAGGAAUCCCUCCAGAAAUCAAAAAGUGGGGCCAGUUAAAGCAAUGGGUUGGCUCGACUCCCGCCAUGCCACCGCAGGCACUCGAGACCGUGAGGGGUUUGCAAAAGAUGCACUACAUGCAGCUUAGCCGGCAAAGACAAGCUGCACAGCAGCAGCUCAACCCGAUGGGUAACCCAGCCCCAAUGGGGGGUCAAAAUCCCAUGUCUAUGGUACCUCCCAGAAUGUCAGCUCCUGUUGCCCCUAUGGGCCAAAAUCCAGUUCAAAUGUCCAAUGGGAUGAAUAUGGGCCCUGGAAUGAUGCGACAGAUUACACCUCAGGACAUUUUAAACAUUCGUAAUCAUCACACCGGUAAAUUUGCUAACGCUAGUGAUGAACAAAUCCGAGCAUUCCUAAUGCAAAACCAAAUAAAAAGUAUUCAGGCAGCCCAACAACGCCAAGCUCAAAUGGCAAAUAUGGCGCAGAUGAAUGGCCAGCAGCUACCUCAAAAUGCCCAACCAGGAUUACCAAACUCGACCCAGAUGACUACUUCUCAGCAACCAUCGGGACAAAUGCCACAACAAAAGCCAGCUGUUUCAGUACCAGAGCCAGCAGGCCCAUCGAUUCCCACACCUGCAAGUCGCCCUCGGCCUCCACCAAAUAACAAGUCGACAGCCGGACAAAGUUCCUCGCCUGCUCAACCAGCUAAAAAUAAUUUGAAACGGGCUAGCAGCGAUGAUGUCGUAGAAGUUCCCAACCCUAAUGGGCAACAGCGCCCAGCGCCCGCACCUGCACCACAGCAGAGAGCUGCGCCCAGGCUCACACCAGAUCAAGUAGCCAGACUUGAUCCAGAGCAAAGGAAAAAUUAUGAGGCUAUGCUACGUCAAUCGAUCAACGGAAGACAGCAGGCCGUCGCAGGCAACUCGGAAGCGAUUAAUAGGAAACUCAAAGAGUUUUCUGCCGAAGAAGAAAAAGCCAUCGCGGAGAAUCCUCUUCCUGACAUACCCAUGGAUGCAGACACUAAGAAAAGCAUGGUGCAGGCCUUGAUACCUAUGCCUGCUCAUCUCUCAAACAUUUCACGAACCAUAGGCAAGUGGUAUCACCUGACUCGUGAUGAUGCCCGAGCCAAAUUAUUUUUCCGCGCGCGAUCGCGCUUGGCACGGCAAUUCAAAGAUCCCAAGGAUAUGAAAGAGCUCAAAGAUACCUUUUCAAUAAGGCUCACUGACGUAGAGCAAGCUCGAACAUUAUUUACCGCAAUCAUCAUGGAUCUUAGCAAUAAACAUCCAAUGUUGAAAAAGAGUGGUGGAUCUUCCGAUCCUCAGGGGACAUCAGCCAUUUCUUCUACUGCGUCAAACGCUCAAAAUUCUGAAUCAGUGCCUCUCAAUGCUGCUAAUCUACAACAACAACAGCAGCAGCUCAACAAGAUGCAUCACCAAAGAUCAAACAGUCGCAGCUCUCAUCCACCUGCAGCCCCUACAUCGUCCCAGCCACCAUUUCCCUUUGGAGCUUCAUCCCCUCAUGGCCAGCCUAGAUAUAUUGGGAAGCCACCCGCUGUCACUCAGGAGACCCUUCAUAUUCCUGCGCGCAAGAAGCAGAAGCCAAAUGGGACGCCAGGCCAAGGCACUCCGGGAUCCACCUCCUCGCCCCAGAUCACCAAAGUCCCCUCGCCUGAGGUCAAACGUCAACAGAUUCCAGAACCGAAAAUCGCGGCUAAACCAACUUGGCCAUGUAAUGACGAGGUAUGCGAACGUCAAAAUAUUGGAUUCGAGAGUCAAGAGGAACUCUCUCGUCAUACUCAAGUCGAGCAUAGGUUACCAAUGCAAAACCCACAGAAGUUUGCCGAGGACUUUCUUCGUCCAAUGUUAGGUCUAGAUUCUCAAGACCAAUCGAAUGCAGCAGCAUCGACUGUGGAUGCAGCUACAUCAUCGAAGCAGGAACAGACACCAAAGGUUGAAACUAUCACUCCAUCCACUUCAGUUGCUACCCCCAUGAAUCGUCAAAUUUCAACGAACAAGCAGAGUGGCACGGUGCAGGGUAAAGCGAAGCCUCAGUCCGACUUGGCCACGGAUACCUCCAAGUCCCAGAAAGAGAUUAGCAAGGAAGAUUCAAAUCCGCCAGCUCAAGAAGUUAUUGUUGAUGCUUGGGCGAACGCAACUAUCGAUCCUAAUGAACUUGUCCGAACCUUCCAACCAUUCGAAGGCGGAGCUGGUGGGGCCAUCUCUGAUGUAAAUGUCUACCGAUCUGUUACACCCAAUGAUACGCCAGAGUCGAGUAAGGACGGUGUUUCAGAGCCCACUAGUGAUAUCUCUGAAGGAGUGAACUUGGAUAUUGCCUUGGACGUUUUUGACGAUACAUGGUUUCCCUUUGGGCUAAGCGAUACCGAAGCCUUGGUGGACAACCAUACCAAUUUUUAUAAUGCAAACAUGGCGGAAAAUUUAACGAUGUUUAAUGAUUUAGAAUUUACCAACCCUCCACAGAACUGGGAUGACAUGGAAGGCAAAGUAAACUUUGAUCAACCGUUUCAGUUCAAUGUAGAUGAUCAAUAUUCUAUGGAUAUUGUCUAG